AUUUGUGUUAGUGGCAUACUUCUAACGGCCGCCAGUGUUGCCUUUGUUCGGCGGGCACUGGGCUCCCCAAGAAGAGCUCCGCAGCUCCAUAGGUGCACUGCAAUAUGGAGCAGUAGUGCUCCACUGCGACAGAGAAGCCGCUAGCCCAGCCACCGAAGCGAUCCAUCAUGACAGCCAUGCCCGUCGUGUGGUGCACCGACCCCAACUCGGUGAACAACAAGCCCACAGCCUUCGCCCUUCACGGCAUCCAGUUGCAGGGCAAUGUCACGGAGAAGCAGGUACACGCCCUCCGGGACUUGGUCAACGCCGCCGCCGAGGGCCGGCUCAUCCUGCCCUCGGACGGCACCUUCACGCUGCUGGACAGCGGUCUGAGCAUCGAGAGCUCCAUCGUGCAGGGGCAGGAUUCGCGGAGAAGCAGUCCUGUCGAGGCAGUCCAAGCGAAGAGUGCCAAGAAUACCUACAUUCUGAUGCCGGUGAGCAAGGCGGAAGGCUCUUCCGGCUAUAGGCAAGAAGAUGGAGCCACGGGAGGAGCAGGGACGUCGUCCAUUGCGGCCGCUGCCGCCCAGCUGGAGUUCCUAUUGGAGUCGAAGUCUGAAGCGGACACGGAUGCGGAAACGGAAGUCGGUACAGCCGGCUCUGGCGGGGAGAUUCUGUACGAGCUCCUGUGCUGCGCCAAGUGCAUGAAUGAGCAGCGCACCGGACACAUUGGAUCGUGUUCUGGCCGGCGCCAGCAGCGCUGCUUGAGGGGUGUCGCCGGGAGAAGCAGCGAGUAUGAGACGGUCAACGACUCGGCUACGUGGCAGCUUCAGCUGGAUCCUGUGAGCAUUGCCAGCAAGUACGCCCGCCGGCAGCAGCGCCACAAGCUGCAUGGCACCGUCUCCAUGGGCAUCGCACGUAAUCGGACCCAUCGCCAUCACAAAUUACCCAUGCACAGUGUUAAAAUCUUUCAUAAUCGCAGCAGUUACACGCCACCAACCACUACAGCCCCAGCCACCACAUUAGCAACAGCAGCAUGCAAUGUGGGCGGAGGCCGAGAGGUGUCGACAGUUCCGAUGGCGAUGGCGAUUCCGAGUCCGAAUCCGAAUCCGAGUACGAGUGCGAAUCCCCAUUCCACACCCAGCCCAGCCACUAGAGCGCGCUGCGGCAGUGAAGCGUUUAGUUUGUUAUUGACAGCGGCGCGAUCUACAUCGCUGGCAGCAACGGGAACGGGAACAGCAACAGCAACUGCAUCGCCAGCACCAGCGCAGCCCCUAUACGCAGUGGUUAACAAAACGCGCGACUCGACGGGAAGCGCCCAGGGCGAAGCCCACACCGAGGAAGUGCCCGCGACCGCCAUGCUGGCCGUGGUGCCCGAGGAGCCGCCGCUGCCAGUAGUGGAAGGGCGUGACUUGAUUAGCUUCGACGACGAUCAGGUGCAGACUGACGGUACACUGGUGGGGGCUCUGAAGACGUCGCUCUCCGUGGACCUUUGCGCCCCCAACGAGGCGGACGCCUUGCUUGCCCUGCUGGACACCCCACCGCCCACGCCACCAAAGCCCUGCCCGGCCGGCAGCAACAGCUCGAGCCGUAAGACCAGCUUCGACUCCACCAGCACCCACAGCUCCAUGGACUCGGGCUUCAUGGAGAUGCAGAACAAACUGGAUGCCCUGGCUGCAGCUGCGGCGGCCGCGUCAGCGCCUACAGCAACAGCUUCGGCAACAUGUUCGCAGGUUGAGGAAAAAAUCACGCAACGCAACUACAAGGAAUGCCUGACGCAGUCACGGAACCGGCGCAAAUCCUACGAGGAGUUCAAAGCCAUGUUCGCUGAACUCACCGCCGCGGAAGCUACCCAUUCAGAGUGUUUGCCACCGGCGGUGGCAGCGGAUGACGCAACAGCGGCGGGCAGCAGCUCUUCGGCACCACCAGCUGGCCAACCACUUCCACUUGCUUCCAUUUCAGAACAAGAAACCAAGUCCAAAGGCACCCAGGUUGAGAGAGGCAAACCGGAUUGCGCAAACGAGUUUGCCGCCAGCGCCGAUGAAAUGGAUACCGGCGACGUUGACAGCGAUGGCGAUGGUGCCAAAGGGGAUCUAACAGCAGAAGCAACCGCAACAUCAACAUCAACAGCAGAAGCAACAACAACAGGAACAGCAGCAGCAGCAGCAGCAACAAAAACAACAAUGUCUUCUGUGUGUAGUACCACCACAGAGGCAAUGCGAAAGAAUUCCGAUUUUCUAUCGCAGAUUCUUGAUCACCAGUUUGCGGCCAAGGAGCGAGCCAAGGCGCACAAGCGUCGCACCUCGUACGAGGAAUUCAAGCGUCUGGUUAGCGAAAUCGAGCCCUCGGAAUGUCAGGAGCCCCUGGCAGCGCCCCCCUGCCACAACGCCCAGACCGCCGCUGCGAUCGCUCUGGCGGUCGCACCCACGACCACAGCGGCAGCAGCCUCGCCUCUGAAGCGACAGAACUCCCGGCAGCGCAAGAGCUUCGCCAGUUACUUUCUGCCCCGCCGGCACUCGACCAAAGAGCCAAAGACUGACAAGGAGAACAUACCGCUGCACCAGCCGCGCGAGAAGGAGCUCCAGCAGCUGGCGGCCUACAUGAAGAUGCCGGCCCACAGGGGCAGCAGCUCCAGCGAGAGUUCUCAGUACCGGCGCAACUUCAAGAUCUACGACAAGCUGGUGUACGGCACCAUAUACGACAUAAUCCAGCGCAAGAACGACAUAUACCAGAAGUACGAUAAGUACAUGACCUACGGAACCAUCUACGAGAUCCUGCACCGCAAGUCCUCGGCGUGCGGCGAGAGGUGGCAGCGCAAGAGCCUCAGCUCGAUCCUGGAGGGCGGCAGGCCCUCGGGCGAUGUCAUAUACGACAUCGUCCAGAAGCGGGAGCGCGAGAAGCAGCUCCAGCAGCGAGCCAUAGACUUCGUGGCCCAGCCGCCCACCAACGAACUGGCUAUCAGUCCAAGCCACAGGUACGGAACGCUGUACGACAUUCUGCAGGGCGAGAAGUUGGACGCCCCGGUAGCGGCAACCAGCCCAUCAAUACCAGCUGUGAAAGCAACCCGCUUCGUGGUCAGCCAGGUGGCAGAGUACAACGUACUCACAUCGCCUGCGGAGCAGAGCGCGGCGACAGACACGAGCGUGGUGUCCGGCAAAACCAGCAAGCCCACGAAGAUGCGCCGUCUGUCCCACAUCCUCAGCUACUCCAGGGCCGCCAGCGAGUUGCCAGAGUCCCAGGAGAGCCCUGCACAAGAGGGUGCCAAGCAGAAGCCGAAGCGCAGCCAGGCCAAGCGUCGCAUCGGCGUGACGAACCUGCUUCUGCCGCUGGACUCGGAGGAGCUCUACACCCGCAUCAUUGCCCAACAAAAAAGUGGCUACAAGUCGGAAAAGGAGGGCUGUGUGGAUCCGGAUGCAGGCGCAGAAGUGUGCGGGGCAGGGGGCAGCGACAUUGAGGCGGAGCCGUUCUCUCGAAGUGCUCUGACCAAGUCCAGCUCCCUGGACGCCAUCUCUCUGUCGGCUGCCACAUCGCCGGCCGCCUCGCCCUCACCUCCGCGCAUCCGCCGCAGCCUCAAGCAGCACCGGUGCCUGCAUCUCCGCCAGCAGCCACCACUGACCAAAAAGCACUCCUUGGACAACUGCCUUCAGUCGGGGGCAGUAGCUGCGCGACCGGUGCAGCCGCUGCGGCGCUGGUCGAACCAGGCACCGCUCAAGUGCCACUGCCAGGACUCCAUUGCCAAGGAGGCCGCAGCUCCUCCUGCCCCUGGGUCCGUCGCCGACCGCCUGCAUGCGUGUCCCAACUGGAGCGCCGCGGGCAGCCAGAGCCCAGCUAUCACAAAGUCCAACGGCCAACCCGCCGCUGCGAUAGCGACGGCGACCAAGAAAGGCAAAUCGCGCCGACUUUCGGAAUUUACGCGCGGUGAAUUUUUAAAUGAAAAAUCCUGGUACUUCCGCAAAAUAAAACGCAUUGAGGCUGAGAAAAAACUUCUACUGCCAGAGAACGAGCACGGUGCAUUUUUAAUUCGUGAUUCCGAGAGCCGCCACAACGACUAUUCGCUAUCAGUGCGGGAUGGCGACACGGUUAAGCACUAUCGCAUCCGACAACUGGACGAGGGCGGCUUCUUCAUUGCCAGACGCACGACGUUCAGAACCCUGCAGGAACUGGUCGAACACUAUUCCAAGGACUCCGAUGGCCUGUGCGUCAACCUCUGCAAGCCCUGUGUCCAGAUCGAGAAACCCGUCACUGAGGGACUCUCGCACCGAACUCGCGAUCAAUGGGAGAUCGACAGAACAUCCCUCAAGUUCGUUCGCAAACUUGGCUCCGGACAGUUCGGCGACGUCUGGGAGGGACUGUGGAACAACACAACACCCGUGGCCAUUAAGACUCUGAAAUCGGGCACCAUGGAUCCCAAGGACUUUUUAGCCGAAGCCCAGAUCAUGAAGAAACUGCGCCACACCAAGCUGAUUCAGUUGUACGCGGUAUGCACUGUGGAGGAGCCCAUCUACAUUAUCACAGAGCUGAUGAAGCACGGUUCACUGCUGGAGUAUCUCCAAGCCAUUGCAGGCAAGGGUCGCAGCCUCAAAAUGCAAACUCUGAUUGACAUGGCGGCGCAAAUAGCAGCCGGUAUGGCCUAUUUGGAGUCCCAGAAUUACAUCCACAGGGACUUGGCGGCGCGUAACGUGCUUGUUGGCGACGGCAACAUUGUCAAGAUAGCUGACUUCGGCUUGGCCAGACUUAUUAAGGAGGACGAGUACGAGGCUCGAGUUGGUGCACGCUUCCCCAUCAAAUGGACCGCCCCCGAAGCGGCCAAUUAUAGCAAAUUUUCUAUAAAAUCCGAUGUGUGGAGCUUUGGCAUUCUGCUCACUGAACUGGUCACCUACGGACGCAUACCAUAUCCCGGCAUGACCAACGCAGAAGUCCUCACGCAAGUGGAGCACGGCUAUCGCAUGCCGCAACCUCCCAACUGCGAACCACGCCUGUACGAUAUCAUGAUUGAGUGCUGGCACAAGGACCCGAUGCGCAGACCCACGUUCGAGACGCUGCAGUGGAAGCUGGAAGACUUCUACACUUCCGAUCAGAGCGACUACAAGGAAGCACAAGCCUACUGAUAAAUGCUUAACGGGAGCACGGGUGCCGCCGCCAUCCGUGGGGAGACGCUAACAAGCUGCACAUGAUCACCGGGAAUCCCAAAACGGACAAUUCGUUCUAAGUUAUAUGUACUUGAGUUCUGCACAGGUUGUCUAUGUCUGCAAAGUCCGACCGUGGCUUCCGACGGGGGCGAACGGGUGUCGGGUCUGCCAGUCUUGACUGGCAACCCUAAAUGAUAUGAUUCACGUUAUUAGCGUUUAAGCUAACAAAUAUUUGCUUAACUGGAAAGUGGACUCGAUGUUUGACUGCAAGUGCAAGUGCAUUGGUUAAUUUGUAUUAUUGGUGGAUAGUGAUUUUGAAAAAUGUUAAAUUCGUCUUUAUUGUUUAGGUAUGACAAGCAUACUGAUAUUUUCGAACUGAUGCGUUCUGGUACACUUGUAAUGUUUGCCGAUUAAUAUAUCACAUGUAUUAUUAUUCAUAUAACGCAUAUAGCAUAUACAUACGUGCAUACACACUUAUAUAUACGAACACAUAUAUAAAUAUAAUUAGGUUUAUAACCAUGUAGUCAGAUGUAUGCCUAGACCCCCUUAUUAUUCGAUAUGCCUGAGCAUAGUUCCCCCGCCCUACUUUUAUUAGUUAAUAAGCCGAUUGGAGAUCGACAUUUGCAGUCUGCAGAUGUGAAGGAAAUGUUUCACUUUUAGUAAAUUCAUUACGUACGUGUCUUACCCCCAACACUCAUUCGACAUUAUCAACGACUAUAUGCCUAAUCACAAACAGAAAUGGUUCAAAAUCAACACAAACGCCACUCAUCAAGUGCUUGCAAGACGCGUUGUGCUGUAGGCGACCAACACCAUAUGAUUAAUGUUUUAGUUUAAUUGUAAUUCUUAAUCAUUUUAUAAUAUUCUGCAUAUGAUUAUCUACGCGCAUAAACACAUAUGAAACCAUGUACCCUUAGAAUAACGCAAAUAAAAUUUUCUUAAUUUAUACAAAUUAUA